AUGGCCAUGGCUGAGCGGCCACGGCCCGGAUGGGCCUCGUAUCACAGCCCUAACACCAACAGCUGCCAGGACCUGGGCAACUCUAUCCUGCUGCUGCUGGGCCUUAUCAUUUGCAUUAACAUUGGCAUCAACAUGGUGACACUGCUCUGGCGCAGACUCCGUGGCUUCUUACACCAAGUGUUCCAUGUUUUUUAUGAGAAAGAAGCUUCUAAGUUAUGUUCACCUGGGAAGCAGACCCAGCCCUCGAAGCAUAGCUCUCCAGCAGUCCACCUACGAUGCACCAUGGACCCCGUGAAGAUGACGGUGACCCCCCCACCCACUCGCCGCCGUCGCCGUCGCCGUUCUUCAUCGCGCCGUGCCCACCGCCCAGUGGCCUGGGCCCCUGACACUGAUGACGAUGAUGACGAGAAGCCCCCACAUCAGCACACAGCAGCCUGCUCCCACAACUGGGACUACCCUGAGGAUUGGGCGGGUUUACAGUCUGCCCAGAGGUUCUGGACUCCCUGGGCCCAGGACACCUUGGAGCCUGCUACCCAGACCAUCCGCUUCCAGCAGACUAUAGAGGGAAGGCCCCUCAAGAGAGAGAUGCAGUCUGAUCUGGGCCUAGAGGCCUACGUGUACCCUGUGAAUCCCCCACUCCCCAGCCCUCAGAUCCUGAGCCACAAGAACAGCGGAGGUGGGGCAGGGGCAGGGGCCCAGGCGGAACAGGAGCAGUGCGCACCAGCCGAGCCACCCAUCCUGGGCCCAGCCAAUGUCCCGGACAUCCCCCGGCGCCGCUCCUCAGGGCGCGUCGCCUACGAUGCCAGGGAUGUGAGGCGGCGGCUGCGGGAGCUGACCAGGGAGGUGGAGGCCCUGUCGCACUGUUACCCUCUGGCCUCUGGAUCCAGCACAGCUGAGGGGACGAGAAAGGACUGGGUAUACCGUUCCCUGACAGAGAGGUGA